AUGGCGUCCGGUUCAACCUUGCAGAAGGCAAUCGACAUUGUGACGAAGGCGACGGAGGAAGACCGGAACAAAAACUACGAGGAAGCGCUACGCCUCUACGAGCAUGGCGUAGAAUACUUUCUACAUGCGAUCAAGUAUGAGGCCCAGGGCGAUAAAGCGAAGGAUUCGAUCCGGGCUAAGUGCUUCCAGUAUCUAGAUCGGGCGGAAAAGCUGAAAGCAUACCUGAAGAAAGGCAAGAAGAAACCGGUAAAGGACGGAGACAGUGCCUCGAAGGAUGACAAAUCAAAGGGUAACGACAGCUCCGAUUCGGACUCGGACGAUCCGGAGAAGAAAAAGCUGCAGGCAAAGCUCGAGGGUGCGAUCGUGUUCGAAAAGCCACACGUCAAGUGGUCGGAUGUAGCUGGGUUGGAAGGUGCAAAGACGGCACUGAAGGAGGCCGUCAUCCUGCCGAUCAAGUUUCCUCAUCUGUUCACCGGCAAGCGAAUGCCAUGGAAGGGUAUUCUGCUGUUCGGACCACCCGGUACCGGUAAAUCGUACUUAGCGAAGGCCGUCGCGACGGAAGCAAAUAAUUCGACCUUCUUCUCCGUGUCCAGUUCCGACCUCGUCUCCAAGUGGCUCGGUGAGUCGGAAAAGCUCGUCAAGAACCUGUUCGAGCUUGCCCGCUCACACAAACCAUCAAUCAUCUUCAUCGACGAGGUGGAUUCACUAUGUUCCGCCCGGUCGGACAACGAAAGUGAAAGUGCCCGACGCAUCAAGACGGAAUUCCUCGUGCAGAUGCAAGGUGUCGGCAGUGACAAUGAUGGGGUGCUGGUGCUCGGUGCUACCAACACACCGUGGAUAUUGGAUUCCGCCAUCCGGCGUCGAUUUGAAAAGCGCAUCUACAUCCCACUGCCGGAGGAACACGCCCGGCUGGUGAUGUUUAAAAUCCAUCUCGGCAACACGGCCCACACGCUGACGGAGGACAAUUUGCGUACGCUCGCUAGCAAAACGGAUGGUUUUUCCGGCUCGGAUAUUUCGAUCGUGGUGCGCGACGCACUGAUGCAACCGGUCCGGAAGGUACAGACGGCAACACACUUCAAGCAGGUGAGCGGCCCAUCGCCGGUGGACAAGCAAACGAUCUGUGACGAUCUGCUGGUACCGUGCAGUCCGGGCGAUGCCGGUGCGAUCGAAAUGACGUGGGUGGACGUACCCGGCGAUAAGCUGUUCGAGCCACCGGUAACAAUGAACGAUAUGCUGAAAUCUCUGGCCAGUACGAAACCAACCGUCAACGAGGACGACAUGCAAAAGCUGAACAAAUUUACUGAGGACUUUGGACAGGAAGGUUAA